AUGUUCAUAGGCCAUGGCCGCGAUCAGAUGGUCCGGGGUAACGGUGCCAGCGAUGAAAUACACAUCAAAAAGCUGGUCGACCUGUUUUCGGAGAAUAAAUGUCACCCGACCCUUAGACUGAAGCCCAAAAUCUUUGAACCAGUGGUGGAUAGAGAGUGGAUGGAUGGCACCACUCGCACCUUCAUAUGUUAUGCCUGUGCCGAUGGUACUGAGUCCUUUUAUACCGGCAAUGGAUACACUUUAUAUGGACAGGCACUCAGCCACUGUAUCGCUGAAUAUGCAUACGACUUGAAUUUGACACAAAUAUUUAACAAGGUG